AUGGUUGAUAAACGUUAUGGGCACACAGCAUCCUUAUUAAAAACUGGCAUAGUGCUAGUUGCUGGUGGAUGGAAUGGUGCCGAUAUUCUGGGAAGUGUAGAAUUGUAUGAUCCAUUAACAGAAAAAUGGAAAAUGACUGGUACUAUGAAUGAUGCACGCCAGUUUCACACAGCAUCUAUAUUAACAAAUGGUAAAGUCUUAGUUACUGGUGGAUGGAACUGGUUCACUGUCAUCAAUAGUUCAGAAUUGUAUGAUCCAUUAACAGGAACGUGGACAAUAACUGGGAGUAUGAAUAGUGUACACAGUUACCACACAGCAUCCGUAUUAGCAAAUGGAAAACUGUUAGUUGCUGGUGGAUGGAAUGGUAACUGGACUGUAGAUAGCUCAGAAUUGUAUGAUCCAUUAACAGGAACAUGGUCAACGACUGGGAGCAUGCACAGCGCACGGGAUGUACACACAGCAUGCUUAUUAACAAAUGGUAAAGUGUUAGUUGCUGGUGGAUGGAAUGGUAAAUCAGUCCUAUCUAGUGCAGAAUUGUAUAAUCCACUAACAGGAACGUGGGCAGUGACUGGUACUAUGAAUAAUCUGCGCUCUGAACACCCAACAUCCUUAUUAACAAAUGGAAAAGUAUUAGUUGUUGGCGGAUAUACUGGUAUCUCGACUCUAAAUAGCUCCGAAUUGUACGAUCCAUCAACAGAAGCGUGGACAAUGACGGCUAGUAUGAACAGUGAACGCUAUUGGCACACAGCAUCCUUAUUAACAAAUGGUAAAGUGUUAGUUACUGGUGGAGAAGAUACAACGGCUAUUUUUCGUACUUCAGAAUUAUAUGAACUAUCUCAAGAAGAUUGA